AUGACACUGCAUUUCAUUUUUCUAAUCUUUCUAUUUCAGUCCCACCGCCAAAUCCUCAGAGCUGAAGCCAAAGUUUCUGCCAUUAUAGUGUUCGGAGAUUCUUCCGUAGAUUCUGGGAACAACAACUACAUCCCUACUAUCCUGAAAAGCAAUUUCAGGCCUUACGGCCGAGAUUUUGAUGGUGGCAGAGCAACUGGACGGUUUUCCAACGGUCGGGUGCCCCCUGAUUUGAUCUCUGAGGCAUUCGGGCUUAAAAGAUACAUUCCAGCUUACCUGGAUCCAGCUUAUACUAUAAAAGAUUUUGCAACAGGAGUCUGCUUUGCUUCAGCCGGGACUGGUUAUGAUAAUAUCACCUCGAAAGUACUUAAUGUAGUUCCUCUAUGGAAGGAAGUAGAGUUCUACAAGGAAUACCAAAGCCGGCUAACAAAUUAUCUUGGUAACAAGAAAGCUAAGAGGAUUGUGAGAGAAGCUCUAUACCUAAUUAGCAUAGGAACAAACGAUUUUUUAGAGAAUUAUUAUCUGCUUCCACACAGAUCAUUAGAGUUCUCUGUGGAAGACUACCAAAAAUUUUUGGUAGGCUUAGCAAAGAAUUUCAUAAUGAGCAUUUACAAGCUCGGUGCAAGAAAGAUAUCUUUGACAGGGCUUCCUCCAAUGGGCUGCUUGCCACUGGAGAGAACAACAAAUUUAGCAUAUGGAGGAAGUUGCAUAGACAAGUACAACAUUGUGGCGGUGAAUUUCAAUCAAAAGUUGCAAGAUUUAAUCAACACAAUGAAUAAGGAGCUUCCCGGACUGCAGCUGGUGAACACUAAUCCAUACUACCUUCUCUAUGAUAUCAUUACAAAUCCUCAGCUAUUUGGUUUCGAACAGUCAGCAGCUGCAUGUUGUGGGACAGGCAGGUUUGAGAUGGGCUACUUAUGUAAUGAACACAAUCCCUUCACCUGCCCGGAUGCCAACAAAUAUGUGUUCUGGGAUUCCUUCCACCCAACUGAAAAAACAAACAGCAUUGUAGCAAACUAUGCAGUCAGAACAUCUUUAUCGGUAUUUCUAUAGCCUGCCUAUAAACUGCAGUAAGUUCAAUUUGUACAAAAAGCAUUUACAUCGAAUUGCUGGAGCAUGUCGAUAGAAAGUGACUAGUUCAGUAGUUCGGUGCAUCCCUGGAAAAUAUUGGAGAAAUUAUUCACUGUCAUAGUGCAUCAUCAUGUAUUCUUGAAUAAAGGGACAACAGCAAAUGUAGAGAGUUGAAAUGGCA